ACCAGCCAGGUAAUAAGUGUGGGGUUGUAUUAGCUGCAUACGUGCUCUGAGAAGUGAUACACGGGAUUUAGGAAGACCGAGAGACCCUUCCCUGGCUUUUGUGUGCUGUGCUCCUGCACUGAGGAUGUGUGUAUGUGAGGUUUCUAAAAUCCUGAGCCCACUCCUGCUCUACAGCGCCGCCCUGCUGUUCGUGGUGUUGUAUUCACUGGCAGACCAGCUCCACAGUUUCGUGUGUGGUGUCUUCAUUCCACAGUACCACUACCCAUAUAUAGUGCCCCUUGCUCUCAUGCAGGUCCUGGUGCACGUUCUGGCCCUGCUGGGUGUGCACGCGGUGGGCCUGAUUCAUCUGGAGCCUUUCUCCCUGCCGCUGGCUGAGAGACUGCUGCUCCCGGCCGUGUGCGGCAGCACUCAGUCAGUCCUUGCCCUAUGGGCGGAGUCAGAGGCCCACUCGGGCCUGUACCCCCUAACCGCCCGGCUCCUCCCCCUCCUCAGCCUGGCCUGGGGCCACCCGCUGGGACUGGGCACGCCCCGCUACUUCCACCUCACCUGCCUGCUGAUGGCGGUCACUUUCACCUCCAUGAGCGUCUCAGUGCGUGAAGGUCUGCACACUGUCGAGAUCCAGGAGUGUGUGUACUCUCCCCUAAGCCUGUUGCUGCACAGCCUGUCCCUCACAUGGCUCUCAAAGGUUGCUCGAGCCGAGCAAGGCCACACUUCGACCUUCGACCUCUACUACACCCUGACGGUGACUCAGAGCCUGUUACUAGCGUUGCUGUGCUUGCUGCACCCCCAUAGCCUGCCGGCGAUCGCCCAGGGCAGCUGGCACAGUCUGCUGUUUCUGGGCUACCUGCUGGCCCUGCUGCUGCUGGGUGCGCUGCAGCGCCUCCUGGUGGACAUCACCGUGCUGCGCAUCUCAGCUCUCGCCGCGGCACUACUGCACUCUGCCAGAGGACUCGCGGUGCCGCUUUACAACCUGCUCUAGAUCGGCCAAUCGGGAAAAGGCACUCGGCCGGAAGCGUCCAAUCACAGACCGGCGCGAAGAGCAAAGCGUAUGAAUAGCUGCUUGUGGAAUCAGAAAUCACUGUGGUAUUGUUUUCAAAAACAACACAUUUCAAAACACUAUUUUUACUUCCACAUGAAUUUUAUGCAGCAUUUUAUCUGGUCUUUUCCCCCCAACGUUCCCCGAAACAGUAACAAAACCAUCUGAAACUGCUCCCGUCUCCUCUCAUCUCCUCUAACGUGGAUUACACGUGUGGAUUUUUAAGUGAGCAAGCAGGUGCCAACGUUCUUUUUCCAGACAGAUUAAUCUGAUUUGGGACGUGCUGUCUGAACACAGGAAACCUAAAAGCUUAGAGACAUGAACAUGUGUCACGGACGGUCAAACACUAAAGCACAAAUGAUUGACCGAGUGUGUGAGGAAUCCCUGCGCAUUUAUUACACCACCAGCCGCAGGCUGGUUUAUAACUAAGGGCAGGACACUUAGAAAUGUGCUCUUUUUUCUUUCCUGUCCAAUCUGUGAUACUUUCUAACACCUGGAUU